AUGGCAAGCAGUGGCGGCGGCGAUGGUAGCGGCGGGAGCGGCGGAGGAAGUGGGCGGUCGGUGCGGGAGCUGAAGAGCAUGUUCGGCAAGGCCGCCGCCGCGCCGUCCGCCGCCGCAUACGUCAGCAAGCUGCAGGCCGCCACGGCUAGGGACCAGCCCUCCGGACAAGGCGGCGGAAAACAGGCGGAGGAUUCCCCGCUCUCCGCCGCGCAGCAGGCGCUCCGCUCCCCUUCCCCGCUGGCGCUUCCAGUCCAGCGGGACAAGGGGAAUCCGCCCAGCGGCGCACUUCCGCCGAACGCGCGUUCCGCCUCUCCGUCCCCCGUCCCUGCGCGCACCAUUCUCACCACCCCCGGGCAGGCCGCGCCUCGCCCUUCCCAUUCCGCGCAACCUGACGUCAGCAAGGCUGCAGCGGGUGCGGAGGAGCGGGGCGGCGGCGGAGGGGCAGGGGGGAGGGAGAAGGGGACGGCGAGUCAUGCGGCUGCGGCGGCACAGACGCAGCUGAGCGCGGAGCAGGCGGGGCGGCUGAAGCAGGUGGAGGAGAGCCUCGAGGCCACCAACUACGAGCUGGCGCUCAACGAGCAGGCGGGGCGGCUGAAGCAGGUGGAGGAGAGUCUCGAGGCGACCAACUACGAGCUGGCGGCGCUGCGGGCGAAGCACAACGAGAAGACGGCGCGGCUUAAGGCGCUGCAGGAGAGCAACGUGACUCUCGAGCACAAGGCCAAGGGGCUGCAGGCCGUGCAGGAGAGCAACGUGACGCUGGAACACAAGGCGAAGGGGCUGCAGGUGAGACACGUGGAGUUCUGCAGGGAAGACACGUGGCAUGCUGCAGGAGAGCAACGUGACGCUGGAACACAAGGACAAGGGGCUGCAGGUGAGGCCGCCACGUGGCGGGCUGUAAGUGAGACAAGUGGCGGGCUGCAGCAGAAGCCGAGAUCCUGGGUUCGAGAAGGAGAAGGAGGCGCUGCGGCGGCAGGUGGAGGAGGAGGAGGCGGGGUAGUGCUCGUGAGGCGCCUCAAAAACCCGCAUUCAAACAACAACCCCAUCCCCCCGCCCUCCUCCCAGGCAACGCUAACGGCAGCAGAAGCUGAGAUCGCUGGGUUCGAGGAGGAGAAGGAGGCUUUAAGGCGGCGGGUGGAGGAGGAGGAGGCGGGGAAGCGCGAGGCAGCCGUGCGGAGUGCCUUGGAGCGGCAGCAGGAGGAGCGAAUCGCCCCGCUGCAGUCCGCACUACAGACGCUGGAUGCCGCCCAUGAGGGGGCGAUGAAGGAGCUGGUUUUGCUAAGAGAGUCUUUUAAAGCGUCGGUGGAAGAGGGUAAGUAUUUAAGAGCUAGGCAGUCGGAAGGGGAGGUGCAAGUGGUUGAGCUAAGGAGUAUGCAGGAGGUGGUUUUGGGGGAUUUGGAAUCACUGAGAGGUCGAUAUGAGAGUGUGUGUAAGGAGCUUGAGGAGGAGAAGGAGGGGAGGGAGAGGGAGAGGAAGGAAGGGAAGGAGGCGAGGGAGAGGGCGGAGAGGUUAGAGAUGGAAAAAGCGAAGUGGGGGGGGAAGAUGGAGGAGGAGAGGAGGAUGAGGGAGGAACUGGAGGGGGAGGUGGAGAGGGAGAGGAGGGAUCGAGCAGAGGUAGAGGGGAGGUUGGAGGCAGUACGGGAGGAGAGAGAGGCGGAGAAGAAGGCUAGGGAGGAGGCGCAAGGUGUGUGUGAGGGAUUGAAGAAGGAUGUAGAGCGGUUGGAGGGAGAGGUGGAGGCGUUGAAAGCAGGGAGGGACGAGACUGGACGGCUGUUGGCAGGGGCAGAGGCGGAGAGGGAGGAGGAGGCGAAGAUGGUUCAAAGAGUGAGGGAAGAGAAGGACGAGAAGGAGAAACAGCUGGGGGAGUUGAGAGAAGAGCAUGGGAGGACGCAAGGGGAGCUGGAGGCACUGCGACUGCAGUAUAGGAGCAAGGAGGUUGCGUUUGAUACUCUGGUGGUGAGUCAUGGUGCCAUGGGUGCUGCGGUGGAGGCUAUGAGAGGCGAGAUGGAGGAGAAGGCUCGGCAGGCGGAGGCUUCUGCCAAGGCUGCGGACGAGGCUCGGCAGCAGAUGCUGGAGGCUCGGGAGGAGCUUGGGAAGGUGCAGGGGGAACUGGAGAAGGUGGUAAGUGAGGUGGAGAGAGUGAGGGAGGAGGUGAGGGGGAGGGAGAGCGAGAUUGGGGAGAUGAGGGAGAGGCAUGAGAGGGAGGUGGCUGAGAGGGAAGAAGAGGUGGAGAGACAGCUGGGUGCGUUGAGGAGUGAGUUGGAAGAGAGUAGGAAGAAAAGAGAGGAGGCUGAGACACGGGAGGGGGAAGUGAGAAAGGCAAGGGAGGAGGUGGAGAGGGCGAGGGAGGAGGAGGAGAGGGAGAGGAGGAAAGCAGAGGAGGAGGUGAGGAGGAUGGAGGAGGAGGUGGGGAGGGAGAGGGAGGAGCGGAGGAGUGAGGUGGAGGGGUUGAGGGAAGCACAGGAGCAGCUGGAGGAGAAGAGAGGGGAGGCUGAGGGUGAAGUGAAGAGGAUGACUGAGGAGGUUGAGAGGGUGAAGGGGGAGUGUGAGGAGAGGAGGAAAGAGGGUGAAGAGAGGAGCAGGGAAGUGGAGGAGAAGUGUGAGGAAGUGAGGGUGGUGAAGGGUGAGUUGGAGGAGUUAAAAAGGGAGAUGGAGGGAUUGAGGGAGAAAUUGGCAGAGAGGGAGAGGGACUUGGAACGAAUGAGGGGGGAGCUGGAGGCAGUGAGAGGGGAGAGGGAGGAGGGGAGGAAGAGAGAGGAGGAGCUGAGAGGACAGCUGGAAGCAGCAAAGGUGGAAGCUUCCAGGAAGGAGGCGGAGCUGCUGGUGCGAGUGGAAGAGGCAGGGAAGGGGAGAGAGGCGGCAGAGAGGGCUGGGGAGGAGAGGGGGAGGGAGAGGGAUGAGAUGAAGGCGGCUCUGUGGGUGGAGAAGGGGAAGGUGGAGGUGGGGGAGGAGAGAGUGAGGGGGUUAGAGAGGGAGAUGGAGGAGGUGAGGAAGGGGAGGGAAGAGAUGGGUGAGAGGGUGGGGCAGCUGGAGAAUCGAUUGGAGGAGGCUGGUGCUGAGCUGGCAGCGGCGCAGGCUGAUGUGGCGAAGCGUGUGGAUGAUUUGGCACGGCUGAAAGCUGAGGUGGACUCAAAGGGGGUUGAGCUGGAUGGGGUGAGGAAAGAGCUGGAGAAGGAGAAAGAGCAGCACAGAGAGACACGGGAGGGCCUGGAGGGGAUAAGAGAAGAACACAGGGAGGCAAAGGAGGAAGUAGCGAGGCUUAAGGAGCAGCUUGCAGGGAUCGGGGGCGAGAAGGAGGCUCUAGGAAACGCACACACGAAGCUAGAGGAGGAGGUGAAGGAACUGCGUGCAAGGUGGGAGGAGGUGAUAAGGGAGAGGGAGGAGGAGAGGGUCAAACAUGCCGGUGUGGUGGUGCGGUUGGAGGGGGUGCAGAGGGAUGUGGAGGAGGCGCGAGGGAGAGAGGAGGAGAGGAAGAGAGAGGUGGAGGGGUUGCAAGAGAGAGUGAGUGAGGCAGAGAGGGAGGUUGUGGAAUGGAAGGGGAAGUGUGCUGAGCUGGAAGAGGGGACGAGCCGGGUCAGUGCCAAGCUGGCAAAGGUAGAGGCUGAGCUGGCAGCUUCGCUGGCGGCUGCUCAAUUGGCAACUGUAGAGGUGGCGGGGGUGAGGGAAGAGGCCAGGGUGGCUCGGUCCGAGGCUGAUCAGCUUCGGGAAGAAGUGGCUCGGCAGACAGCCAAGGCUGAGGCUCGGGAAGAGGCGCGGAGGGUUUGGGAGGAGAAGCAUAGGGAGGCAGUGGCAGAAGGAGAGGUGAGGAAGCAGGAAGCAGAGAAGGUGGCUGCUGACGCAGACAAGAUGCAAGCUGAGCUGGCGGUGAUGAUGGGUGAGGUGGCAGCUGUGUCAGCAUCGCUGUCAGCUGCAAAGGUUGAGAGUGAAGCGGCGAGGAAGAAGCAGGAGGAGGCCGAGAGGCAGGUGCAAGUGGUGCAGGUACAACUGAGAGAUGCUCAGAGGGAAUUGGAGGAGGCGAAGCGAGGGGUGGUGGAGGCUAGGAGCGUGGGGGACGGGGAAAAGGGAAGAGCAGAGGUAGCUAUGAGGCAAGCUGCAGAGGCGUGGGAGGAGGUGGGGCGGUGGAAGGGAGAGGCCGAGCGGAGCAAAACCGAUGUUGAGUUGCUAGAGAGGGAGGUGAAGGGGAGGGAGGGGCGGAUUGAGGAGCUUAGGAGGGAGGUGAGAGAGAGGGAGAGUGAGGUGGUGGAGUUGCAGCAGGAGAUGGAGAGAGUGAGAAAGGAGAUGGAAGAAGUGAGUGUGAGAGAGGAGGAGUUGGCCGCGACAGUGAAUAGGGUGAUUGGGGAGGAGCAGGGGAAGGUGGCUGCGGCUCAAGAGAGAGUGAGGGAGGUGGAAGGGGAGAAAGAGAAGAUGGAGGAGAGAGUGAGAGAGGCUGUUGGGGAAAAGGAGAAGCUUGAGGAGAGAGUGAGGGAGGUGGAGGGGGAAGUGGAGAGGGUGAGGGGGGAGAGGGUGAGGAUGGAAGAGGAGGUGGUGAGUGUGAGGGAGAGAGCAGGGGAGGUGGAGAGGGAAGUGGAAGAGUUGAGAAAGGAGAGGGAUGAGCGGAGCAAAGAAGUUGACGAGUUAAACGCCAACCUGGCAGCGCUCCAUGCUGAGGUGGAAAAGGUGCAGUCAGAGCUGGCAGAAGCAACCGGAGAUCUGGAGAAGGAAAAAGCGGUAAGGGCAGUGGUAGCAGCAGAGAUGGAAGGACUCAAAUCCCUGCAUGCUCUGCUGCAGGAGGAGCAUGGGCGAAUGGUAUCAGAGCAGGAUCGGCUGGUGGGGGCGUACGAGAGGGAAGUGCAGGAGAAGGACGAGGUGAAGGCAGAAAAAGCAGCGCUCGCUGCUAAGGUUGCCGAGGCAGAGGUCCGGACCGAAGCUGUGAAGGAGGAACGGGUUCGGGCGGCUGCCGAGGCUGAGGAGGCUCGGGAAAAGAUCAAGGCUGAAGUGGAGCAGGCUCGGCAGGAGCUGGUUCGGAGGGAGGAGGAGGUGCGGGUGUUGAGAGAGCAAAAGAAAGAGGAGGUCGAAGCAUUGAAGCAGCAGCAGCAGGAGCAGCAGCAAAAUCAGCAGCGGGAACAGGAGAAAGAGAUUCAAGCGUUGAAAACGGAGGUGGAGGAGUUGAAGCAGCAGCAGGCUGUGGGUGUGCAGGAUGUAAACACGUGGAAGACAGCUAAUGAAGUGCAAGUUGCUGAGCUGGCAACAGUCAAGGCUGAGCUGGAAACCGCCCAUGCUGUGCUGGCAGAAAUGAAGAUUGAGCGCGAGAGUAAAGAGCGUGAGCUGGCAGCAGCUGCUGACGAAGCAAAGGCGAAAGAAGAAGCUGUGAACGAGAAAGAGGAAUUAUGCAGCAAGCUGACAAAUGAGCUGGAAUCGCUGAAAUCUGAGCUGGAAAUUCGUAAUGCUGAGCUGGCAGCGCUGACGGUGAAGGACGAGGGGAUAGCAGUGGCAGUGAGGGAGCAGAUGCAGGCUCGGAGUGAGGCGGAGGGGCAGGUGAAAGAAGCUCAAAGGGAGGUGCAGCUGGUGCAGGCUCAGCUGGGGGAGGUGCGAUCUGAGUGUGAGGGGCUGAGGGGUGAGAAGGAGAGGCUUGAGAGGGAGGUGGACGAAGGAAGGAGAGCGGUUGUUGAGAAAGAAAAAGAGGCUGAGAGGAUGGUGGGAGAGGUGGAGAGAGGGAGGGCCGAGGCUGCAAAGGCGGAGGGAAGAGCAGAGGUGCUGCAAGGAAUGGUGGCUGCACUGACAGUAGAGCUAGGCGCUCUGAGGAAGGAGCUUCAGGAGGAACGGGAAAAAUCAUCUGAUCGUGUUGCUGCUGCCGCUGCUGCUGCUUCUGCUGACGUGGCGUCUGCGGCUGCGGUGUCAGAGUCGCUGCGUGCCAGGCUGGCAGCGGCGGAGGAGAGAGAGAAGGAGCUGGAGCGGAGGGUGGAGGAGAGGGAGGAGCAGCUGGUGCGGGGAGUGGGGGAGGGAGAGGCGAAGGCAGGAGCAGCAAUGCGAGCAGCGGAGGAGAGAGCUAAGGAGUUGCAGAGGCAGUUGAGAGAGGAGGAGGCGAAGGUGGUGGCAGCGGUGGCAGGGGCGGAAGCAGCUGCUGCUGAGGUGGGUAGCCUGAAAGCAGAGAUGGGGGAAGUGAGAGCAGCGCUGGGAGCAGCAGAGGGCGAAGUUGAGAAAUUGCGAGGCGAGGUGGAGCGAGCAGAGGGUGAAGGUGAGAGGCUGCGAAGCAAGGUGGAGGCUGCAGAGGGAGAAGCAGAGCAGCUGAGAGGUGAGGUGGAGGCAGCACAGGGUGAAGCAACGGCUGCGAGAGCACAGGCAACUGCAGCGCAGAAGGAGGCAGAGACAGUAAGGGCCACACUGCGAACCACGGAGCAGGAACUCGUCGCAGCGAAUACUGACGCAGAGCAGCUGAGGGAGGCGCUAGGGGAGGUGCAGAGACAGCUGCGUGUUGUGACACGUGUGAAAGAGGCCCUGGAUGGCGAGGUGAGGAAGUGGAGAGAGGAGGCGGUGCUGCGGCAGAAGGUGGAGAGCGCGGAGGAGGGUGGGCGGGCUGAGAGGCGCGUGAUUGGGCUGUGGAGGGGCGCUGUUGAGGGCGCUCAGCUGCUGCAGCAGCGGCCGGGACAGCAGCUUGGGGGGCAGCAGCAGGGGCAGCAGGGUGGGCAGCAGCAACAGGGGAGGCUGGCAUCGAGUAUGUCAGUUGACAGCGGCCAGCUGCUGGGGCACCUCUCAGAUACCACCCCUGCACCCCCUCUCCCCGCAGCUCCUCCUGCUGAAGCUGCCGCCGCUGCUGCUGCUGUUUCUGGUGCCACCACUGCCAGCAGUGCUGCCCUUGCCACUGCACCUGCAGCAGCAGCAGCAGGUUCCCCAGCAACAACUCUCCCGCCCCGCCCCCCCACUCCAGCCUCCGCCCCUCCCAAGGUCUCCCAUGCCUCCCAGCCUGUCCCCCUGCUCGCCCUGCCAGUUGGCGCCUCCUCCAGUAGCACUGCCCCUGGAGUGUCCCACUCAGCUCCACCUGCUGCUGAUGGCAGUGCAGCUGAAGCUGGCUUCAAUCCAGACCGUGUUGCUCCUCAAGGGCUUUCCACACCAGCACCUGCUCAGGACCAGGGUCUUGUGGUGCAUGAGGGCGACGUGAUUGGUGGAGGCACUUUGACAACUGCUGCUUCGUCCGGUUCACCCGCUGCUGCUGAUGCCGUGCCGGCCUUGCCAGUCACCCCUGCCACUGCACCAGGCCCUCACACGAUCCCUCACUCUGCCACAUCUUCUCGCACUGGCUCCCACACUCCCACUCUCGGCUUCUCUCAUUUCAUCCAUCGCUCAAAGACAGACACUGCACGGGCACGCCCCUCAUCCGCCGAUUUCACCUCCGCAGUCAAAGCUGUGCGCCUCGUUUCCGCAUUUCGCAGCCCUGGCACAGGCAACGCCAGCCCUGCAGCCCAGGGAAGCCCGAGCCGGAGCCGUAGGCCGGGGAGCCCUGGUUCGGCAAGUGCAGGGACGAAGGCGAGUGGUAGUGGAGGAGGGACGCUGAGAAGGAUUGGUACAGGGAUGGUGGGGCGGUGGAGGGGUGGCAGUCAGAGUGCAGGUGGCGCCAGUGGAGGCAGUGGUGUGGAAUCUCAGGCUGAGCUGGGGGAGGUUCAGCCUGCACCUGCGCCUCGCACACAGAGUGAUGCGCACUAG